AUGCUUUGCUUGCGAUGGUUGAUUUCAGUUGCGGUGGCUGUCCUGAAUACACAGCAGCUGGACCAAGGGCUGAAAGAAGCGAUGGAAGUCAUCGUAUCUUCAGCUCGGCUAGGCGUCCGGUGGUUCGAUCUAGUGUACCAACAUGGACUGUGGCUUUCACCUUCCUGUGGAGCAUGCCUCUAUGAAGUUGGGGUCGGCUUUGUUGAUGGCUAUGCAAAGUUGUUUGCUUAUGCUUGGGCAACUCAGCAAUCUCUGUAUGCAUUGGUCCCCAAGUACCAUUUUCAGCUCCACACGUUGCAUGAGCUUCAUACUCAGCUAAGCUCUGGAUCACUGGUGAUUUGCAAUCCUGUGCACUGGGACUGUAGCCAGAAUGAAGACCUCAUCGGUCGAUUGAGUAAGUUGAGCAGAGUCGCAGAUUGCCGUGUUGCCAGCGCUAGGGCUCCACCUCCGGCACCGGCACCAGCGCAUGCGCUGGCGGAACCGGCACCUGCAGAGCCGGAGGCACCGGAGAAAGACAGCCUCUUGGGUCAAGAUGGGACAGCAGGAGCGGUGGAUCUGUUUAGGUCCUUCUUGUCGCAUGGCCGAGAUGCACAGAACUGGCGGAAGAACGACCCGUGGCUUGAAUGUUUCAAGGUUUUGGGCUACUUGUCGUUGACGGUAUUGGCCACGUUCGUCGACUGGGGAGAGCUGCGCACUGAGGAUCUGCGAUUGAUCAACAACUUCGUGGUGCCAUGGCUCUUCGGCGGCGACGCGCGCAUCGACUGGGCUCAUCCGGUCCUGGCGCUGGAUCAGCUGGAGGAGUUGACGCGCGAGGCGCCGGAGCAGUUGAAGCUGCUGGGACCUGCUCCAAAGAAGAGCGUCCAGGCUCCUUACGCCCCGGUGGCCGCUCCCACGGCGCCCACCACGCCCAACACCAUGACGCCCGGCUCCACGCCGCACGCGCGGCCCCCGCGGCCGCCGCGACCGCAGAGCCCGCUGGAGGAAGGUGCUCCACCUGCUCAGCCUGUUGCCCGCCGCUGUGGUACGGGCGACCUGCCCCGGCGCUCGAAGGCACCUGAGGAGAAUCCACGCGACUUGGAGAAGAAGAAGUGGAAAAGGAAUGAAAAGGAGGUGGUGCUCGGAGCGCCUCGCCGGCGCGGGUGUGCAGCCAUCAGGAGGACUGAUUUCUAUUGUCAUGUCUUUCAAGAGGAAUCAUUGGAUGAGGCCAUUCGUGCGCGGCGGGAAGCGCUGGAGCAGGCGCGCCAGGACUCCUUGAAGAUGCUCGGCACUGCUCGGAAAGCGCUUGCCAAGAAGGAGUUCGGGCACCGUGAGGACUGGAGGGAGGAGAUCGCAGCGCUGGAGGCCCAGAUGGGCACCGCCAGCACCUAUGCCGCGGCGGGGCUCAAGAAACGCCUUCAAACCUUGAAGGCUGCGGCCCUGCGAGAGGACCGCGCCGCCCAGGUCACCUGUUGCACCAUCUUGGGCGACCGCCUCAAGAUUCAGGAGGAACUCCAAGAGCUCUGCCGCGGCGCGGCCAACGGCGACUUCAUCCACCUCGCCGCGCCCGAGGCGCCGGUGGAGGUACCGGUAGAGGUGCCGGUGCUGCCGGUGGCGCCAGCACCGCUGCCAUUGACCACGCUGGUGCCUGCACCGGUGCCCAUGCCGGUGGGACCGGAAAAUGCUGGCUUUCAAUGGCAGGCAUCUUCUGAGAAGUUGCUCUACUCGAGGUUGACCAACGAGGUGAACUUCGACGAUUGGAUGCCUCCAAAUUUGGAUGAACAUGUGACGCUGCGGCUUCAUCAUGCUCUCCAGACGGGCUAUUUGAGCAAGGAGAGAAACGGGUGCGAGGAACAGCAACCCCUCUGGAAAUCCUUGCAGCAGUUGGUGGACCAUCAGCCGGAGGAACAGAGGUUAGUGAUCCAAAAGCGCCUGGUCGGCCGAGAGGAGUUGUCCGGGGGCUCCGUGGGACGUGCUGCCACGGUGGAAUGCCGGGGGGAAGGCACAAAGGAUGAUCUCAACCGGUUCCUGGGUCCUACCUACGACGAUUUUCGAGAAAUCGUCAACAAGCCGAUGUGGUUGCUGCGAUGCAUCGAGCAUUGCCGACGCAGCUCGCGCCUUGCGCUUGGACCGUGGGCGCGCUCGGAGCGCGUGACGGCGACGGUGAACAACGAGCGCUUGUGGGCGGCGUUGGACGGCCACGGGCUAGGGGAAUCGGACUUGACGGAGGAGUGCUGGAAUACCUUCGGGCUAUUCCCGCCGCCCUUGCAGGAGACCGUGCUGGAGGCCGUUCGACAGAGCCUCUUGCUGAAGACGGAGAAGAACCCGUCGAGGUUCUUCACCGAGCUGUGUGUCAAUGAGGAGGCCGUUUACAACCUGGAAGCCAGGCGCGGGGAUGCAGACGAGGCCGUCCAGGUGCAACCUGCUCAAGGCACCUGGGAAUCCUUCAGCGACAGCCGCUAUCACGAACUGCUGCGGCAGUUGCUGUUGAAUACGCGCAACGCGGAGCACCAAGUGCUGCAAGUCCUGUCCGAGGAGAAGCCUGACCUGCCCGGCUCUUCGGGGCUCUUGCAGGUGCAUCUGGCCACCCAGGAUGCCCGGCGCGAGGGCUCCGCCGAGCUCCUCUCGCUGCUGCAUGCAGCGGCAGCCAACGGGCUCGCGCGGCUGUGUGCCAGACUCAUCGCUGAAGGCUUCGACGUGAACGAGCGCACGGGGCACCAGUUAUUCAGUCCUUUACACCUGGCGGCGUCCAACGGCGUGCUGGCGGCGACCGAGCUGCUGUUGGCCAAGGGCGCUCAAGCCUGGCUGUUGGAUGACAGUGGCAAGACGCCCUUGUAUCACGUGGUCACGACCCUGCCGGAGGCCAAGGCGUCGGAGCAGCAGCUGUUGCUGCGGAUUGCGCAGCAGCUGGUCCUCGGCAUGCUGCAGGCCAGUGAGAUGGACGAGUUGCUGGUAGAGUCCGCGCUGGAGAUUUUGCAGCAGCGGAAGAACCAGCAGAUCUUCACCCCUCCGAAGCUGGCCGAGUUGGGCAGGAUGUCACCUGGCUUCUAA